AGGGGCUUGGUGGAGGAACGGCCCAUAGAUUAGCAGAGAGUCAGACCUGCACAGUGUUACAGGAGACGGAGAGAGAGGAAUGUCCUGCAGCUCUGAGAACAUUUCCAUCUCUCUUUUUCUGCUUUGAUUGACAGGUGCUAGAUCCUCAGUGAAGCUGGUGGCCAAAGUAGUUGCUGCAACUCUAAUUAUCUGAACGAUGGGCAAUUUGACAUACUUUUGGCCUUCUUUCUUUGUGCUGCAAGGCGUCCCGGGGCUGGAGGUUUAUCACAUGUGGUUCUCAGGACUAGUUUGCACCUGCUAUGGAGUUAUUAUUGCUGGGAACUGUAUGGUUUUACUAGUCAUUGUACUAAAACCAGCCCUCCACAAGCCCAUGUACUACUUCCUCUGCAUGCUCUCUAUGACCGAAUUAAUAACGUCCACUUCUACAUUGCCCAAGAUGCUUUCCAUCUUCUGGUUCCAGGCUGGGGAGAUCCAAGUUGACAGCUGCCUUGCCCAGAUGUUCUUCAUCCAUGCUUCAGGCAUGGUAGGGUCAGCGGUGCUGCUGGCCAUGGCCGUGGAUCGCUACGUGGCCAUCUGCUUCCCUCUCAGGUACAAUUCUUUCUUCACCGGCUCCCUGGCUGCCAAGAUGGGGGUGGCAGCUGUGGUCAGGGCGACCCUGCUGAUGUGCCCAUGUCCUUUCCUGAUCAAGAGGCUGACCUUCUGCCGGACAAACGUCAUCCACCACACCUACUGUGAGCACAUGGCUGUGGUGAGGCUGGCCUGUGGAGACACCAGGAUCAACAGUGUUUAUGGGCUGAGUGCGGCCUUGGUGGUCAUUGGGGGGGACCUUCUAGGCAUUGGCCUCUCCUACUUCUUCAUUGUCCGUGCAGUGCUGCGCCUUUCCUCCAAUGAGGAGCAUCUCCGGGCCUUGAAUACCUGCAUCUCCCUUAUUUGUGCUGUCCUGACCUUCUACAUGCCAAUGAUUGGGCUCUCCAUGAUCCAUUGCUAUGGGGAAAAUGCUCCUCUGGUGGUUCACAUCCUCAUGGCCAAGGUCUACCUUUUAGCGCUCCCCCCCCCCCUUAUGAACCCUGUCGUGUACAGUAUAAAGGCCAAACCGAUUCGGAUGAAGAUCUCGAAGGUUCUCCUGAGAAGGAAAGACUCUGUUAGGGACAUCUAG